AUGGUUGGGGACUCAGAGGAGAAUGAUGAUUGUGUAAUGGCCGAUGAAAUGAUUUACAUACCUGAAGUCAAAAAUGAGGAAAGACCAAAAGUUGGGAUGAAGUUCGAUUCACUUGAUUUCGUUUAUGAUUUCUACAAUAGAUAUGCAUUAUUGGUUGGCUUUAGUAUUCGACGUCAUUCCAGCGGGAGGGAAAAAUACAAUAAAGAAAUUCUAAGAAAAGAAUUUGUAUGUUGCAAACAAGGUGUGUUUAAAAAAGAAGAGCCUAGGGUGAUAAAAAGACACCGAGGGAUAAGUAGAUGUGGUUGCAAGGCUAGGGUUGUUGUUGUAAAGGUUUAUGGGUGUAAGCAGUAUGUUUUCUCUCUUGUUGUAGAGGGACACAAUCAUAUGAUGACAACCCCAGAAAGAGUGCAUUUUAUGAGAUCACACCGUCAUAUUUCAGAACCUACAAAGCUACUCACAAAACAACUCGGUUCAACUGAUAUACCUACUCAUAAAAAGAUGAGUAUUUUGGAGGUGCAAUAUGGAGGAAUGGAGAAAAUUGAUGCAACUUCUAGACGAGCAUAUGGGUUUUAUGGAGAUGUUGUCGUGCUCGAUACCACAUUCAACACGAACCGAUAUGGCUUGCAAUUUGCACCAAUGUUGGGGGUUAAUAACCAUGGUCAGACAAUUGUUUUAGCUUGUGCAUUUUUAAGUAAGGAAACGACUGAGUCAUUUAUUUGGAUGUUUGAGGAGUUUAAGAAAGCCAUGCCAAGUGGUGAGCCAAAAAUGAUCAUUACAAAUCAAGAUGCAACUAUGGCUAGAGCGAUUUUUGAAGUAUUCCCCACUACAUUUCAUCGACUUUGUAUAUGGCACAUCACAACCAAGUUCUCUGAUAAACUACCACGGGCUGCGUAUGAGGAAUAUUGGAAAGAGUUUAAGGAAACCAUCUGGGAGAUUUACAAUAUAGAUGAAUUUGAAGAAAAGUGGCAUGCAAUCGUUACAAAAUCUGGUUUGACUAACCAUCUAUGGCUGAGUUCAGUUUUUGAUUUGCGAAAAUCAUGGGUUCCAGCCUAUGUAAAACAUGUUUUUGCCGCAGGAAUGUCAAGCAGUCAAAGAGCAGAAGGCUUUCAUGCAUUUUUCAAGCAAUAUAUAUCAAGGAGAAAUUCAUUAAUGGAUUUCAUAACACGAUUUCAAAGGGCACUUUCCCAUCAACGUCAAAAUGAGUUACUUGCUGAUCACAUUAAUGCAUUUGAAAAGCCUCAAUGUGCUCUAUUGAUGACAAUGGAUAAAAAAAUGGCUGAAAUAUACACAAAGGCAAUGUUCCAAAAGUUUGAACAGGAGCUAAUGCAAAGUUUACCGUGUUUUAUGGAACUGAAAAUGGAUGACGCUUCCAAAGCUAUCUAUAAAGUGAGUGAAAGGAAAAGGGGGAAAACAAGAGUGACAGAAGUUGUAUAUGAUAAAUAUUCCGAUCAAUGGUCAUGUAGCUGUAAAGGAUUUGAAUUUAUUGGAAUUCUUUGUUGCCAUGCACUGGCAUUGUUAAAAAGGGAGCAAAUUGAAUAUCUGCCCAAUAAAUACAUUUUGAAUAGAUGGAAGAAAACUGCAAAAUCUGGAUUUGUGUCAGAUUCAAAUGGCAAUGAAAUUAAAGAUUGUGAGAACAGUUCUCUCUUAAUAAAGCGAAGUAGAAUGUUCAGACUUGCUUCAGAUGUAAUUGAACACGCUUUAAUGUUCAAAGAAGGUUGUGAGCUAUUGUCGAAUAAUCUAAACGAUACAUGGGUGACAUUGAAGUUAUUGAAUGAUGGGGUUGGUCCUAGAGAAGUUGGAGGGUCCAGGUCCCAAACAUGA